AUGAAAGCGACAGCACGGUUCAGCACCCUACGAAAGAAGAAGUUCCGUCCAGGUGAUCUGCAGAGGCACGCAGAUAUUGGAGAAAUCGCGGAUGUCGAACGGCGAACCAUAACUCAUAGUCAUGAGGAAGACUGGUUCUUCCUCGCAGAUGCCCUCGACUUCUGUAGGGCAUUUGAACAAGGAAGUGACCCAUAUGACACUCUGCAGUCGCUUCAAGAAACCGUGACUCCAACUGUUCUUGGCCAAGGAUCUUUCUGUGGCCGCCGUGCGCUGUUUCUCUCUAUUGUGGACGGGAUGACUCUGUGCGAAGCUGCUGAAGCUGACAUUGAUGAGAAGAGAAUUGAACUUCUUCUUGGGGAAGCACUGUAUGCUCUGUGGGAAUGCAAAGCCGAGUAUAAGGAUGAGAAUCCGUGCAACUUUCUAGUUUGCCAUGAUCGUAUCGUCAUUACCGAUCUUGAAGCAGUGGAAUUCUAUGCUGAAAACCCAUGCUGGGAACGCAGCGUCAAUUCUGGCAACGGAUUACCUGUUGAGCAAAUACUGAUACAUGUCGCCCUCGAACACUAA